UAGCUUACAUUUCCUAUGACAUUAACAAUUUUCUUCAAUUCUUGAAAAUUUUUUGCAAGAGGAGCUAACUUAAUAUAAUAUAUAAGUAAAUGAACGACUUCAUAUAGUAAUAUAAAAAUUUUUAUUUUAACAGCAGUAAAAAUGCUUUCUAAUUGACAAUAUCAUCUGUUUUUUUUAUCUAUUUCGUCUAGAUUGAAGAUGAAAAGAAAAAAAUGUAUAAUGAUGUGAUCGUAUAGUAAAAGUAAUAGUUCCCUAGUUAUAAACAGCCUGUAUGUAUACUAUACGAGGAACAAAAAACGUACAAUUGUUAGUCUUUCUUGGCUGAUAUUAUCAAUUACAAAACAUUUUCGCUGCUGUUAAAAUAAAAAUUUGUAUAUUACUAUAUGAAGUCGUUCAUUUACUUAUAUAUUAUAUUAAGUUAGCUCCUCUUGCAAAAAAUUUUCAAGAAUUGAAGAAAAUUGUUAAUGUCAUAGGAAAUGUAAGCUAGAAUUUUCCAGGGCAGGGAAGAGUGUCUCUCUAUCCUCACGGACGCACUACUUCUGCUUCUCAUAUUAUAAUAAAUCAAACUCUGUUGAAUUAAAAAUAUGUCUUAAAAUGUUCAUUUUUUAAUGGAAAGAUUGAUAUUUGUUUGAAGCAAUCGAAUACGUUAAUAAAUAUUAAUUUAUUUUUGUAAUAAUAUUAAAGGUAUUGGUUUCAAAUCAGGAUUUAUAGUCUCUGAUCGAUCAGAGAUCCAUCCUGGUGGUUAUCAUUUUUGUUUUGAUACAAGAAAUGAAGAGGACAAAAUGAGCUAUAUUAAUCCAAUAUGGUUACAUGAAUCUGAAGAAAAUUUAUCAUUAAUAAACGAAUGGAAUACAUGUAUUCGUUUUCCAAUAAAACAAAAUGGACGAUCUAAUUCAUUAAACAGUAAAUUUGAUGAUAUACACGCAAGAUUAUUAUUAUUUCUUAAUCGUCUUCGACAAAUCGAAAUAUUUCAUGAAAAACAAAAUAAUCAAACAGACGUACAAAUAUUUACUCGAAUUGAUCAUGCUCAAGGUCAAAUUAUUGAAUUACAAAAGAAAACAACAUCCGAACAAAUUAUUAAAUGUUUUUGGCUUGUUGUUCAAACAGUUGUUCAAAUUCCAAUUAAUAUUAAAAUGCAAUUCAAUGAUAUUAAAUGUGAUGGUGAAUCAACAACAAUAGCAAUAACUUAUCCAUUAGAUCAUAUUCAUGAAAAUUCAUCAUAUGAAAAUCUUCCUUGUCAACCAUUAUUUGCUUAUUUACCUCUUCGUUCAUAUGGUUUUCGUUUCAUUCUUCAAUGUGAUUUUGACU